AUGGGAAGUGGAUAAAGCAAUUAAAACAAUCUCAAACAUCAAAAUUAACAAAACAAUAAUGAUUAUAUACAAGAAUAACAAUCUAUAAUUAAUUCAAGUGUUGCCUUGAGAUCUUAAGUUCUUAAAAAAAGAAUGAUUUCUUAAGAAGAUGACGAUGAUGAUGAUGAAGAUGAAGAGGAAGAAGAACAAGACUCUAAUGAGGAUAGUGAAAAUGAAGAAUAAUAGUUUGAAGUAAGAGCCUAUUUAGAGAGUAGUCUAAAAAAAAAGAAGAAUAUGUUUUAGGUGAUAGAUUAGUUGAAAACAAAUCGAUGUAUUCAGGUUAUCUUUAAGAUAGAAUUUAAUUACUUGCAAUUAAAAAGAUAGCCCUUAACAAAAAAGAGAAUUUUAAGAUUAUUAAGUAUAAUUUGCAAUAGUUUGCCAAUUUGAGACAUUAAAACUUAGAAUCCAUUAUUAGUUGGAAUUUUGAAAAUAGUAGUAAUAAGAAAAGUUAUUACUUAAAUGUCUUCUUUAAUUUUGAGUCUAAUGGAUCAUUGCAAUCUAUCCUUUAAAAAUAUUGUAAAUUUUCAUAAGAACUUAUUUUAUCAAUAUUUCAAUCAAUAUUAAAAGCACUAGAUUAUUUACAUUCAUAAAAUAAAUUGCAUAGGUAAUUAAUACAUUUUAAUUCUAUUAGAAAUCUAAAGACAUCAAAUAUCUUAGUUGAUCAUGAAGGUACUAUCAUGAUAUCUGAUAUUUUGAUAUAAAGUUAAUAUUCUCUAUAAAACUACAGUGCUCCUGAAACAUUUGAAUAUGCUGAUUAUUCUGAAGCAUCUGAUAUUUGGAGUGCAGGAUGUAUUGUUUAUGAACUUCUUACAAAAAAAUAGCCAUGGUAAAUAGAUGAUAAAAUUCUCUCAAUUCAAGAAAUAAAAAAGAAAUUCAAUUAAAAUUGUAAUAUUAGAAUACAUAAUUAUUUUAGAACUAUUUUUAAAUGAAAAUGAAGUUGUCUAUAAAAAUUUUCUAAAUGUCUUAAAACAGAUAUUUUCAUUUAACCCUUAAGAAAGACCUACUGCUAAUUAACUUCUUAAGAAUUAAAUAUUUCUAGAAAAUUCAUAAAGUAAAUUCAAAUAAAUUGCUAAAUAAACUUCUUAAAAGGAAAUGUAAAAAAAACCACAAUAAAAGAUUAUGUCUCUAAUUUAAAAUUUUGAAGACAAUAGCAAUUCAAAAUUUUGCCCUAAACCUUUUUAAUUUAUAAAAAUGAUAAAAAAGGAUGACGAUGAAAUUUCAUUUAACAUAAAUGAAUGCAUUUUUUGUAUUUAAUAGAAUACAUUAAAAGAGUUUACUGUUUCACAUAAUAGUAAUUAAUUUUCUAUAACUAAAGUAUAAUAAUUCAAUAAAAUUUUUAGAAUAAUUUUUAAAGUUUAUGUUCUAAAUAAUUCAAAUUUAGUACAAAUCUUAUUCAAUAACAAUUAUUCCAAAAUAAAUAAUUAUCUAGAGUUUAAGAAGGAUAAAAUUUAUUAUAAAUUGUAUCUCAAAUGAAAACUGCUAUUAACUUUUAGGGAAGUAAUUUAGAAAGUUAAAAUUCUGUUUCUGAGAAAUAAUUUGAUUAAAAAAGUGUUUAAACAAAUCACUAAAUUUUAUAGACUCGAUAAGAUAUAAAAUUAGAGAAUUAAUAAAUAAAAGAGUCUUAAUAGAUUUAAGAUAUAUAAGAUAUAAAAUAAAUAAACGAAUAAAUUGAAAAAGAAGAUUUGAAAAAUACUUAAACAGAAACAUUGAUCCAUUAAAAGAAAAAUAGCUUAGACAAUGAACAGAUAUUCUUUGAUGGAGAUUUUGUCUUUAUACUAUGA